CACGAAUUCCCAGGAUUGCCUAUUUCACACCGACCACCACCUCAAUCGGCCGGCACCUCCCGGGAAUCGAAUCAACUCCCUGCACAAUGUGCGGAAUCCACGCCGUCCUGGUCCCCGCCCCGCAACCUCCCCCGGCCCUCUCCCCGGAACUAUCGCGCUGCCUCGUCGCCCGCGGACCAGACCACUUCGGCCAGGUCGAGCGCCGCGUUCGCGCCGGCGCCGGCACAGCGGAAUGGGCGCUGCGCUUCACGUCCACCGUGCUGGCCCUCCGCGGCGACCACGUCGCGCGCCAGCCGCUGGUGGACGAGCGCAGCGGGUCGGUGCUGUGCUGGAACGGCGAGGCGUGGCGCGUCGGCGGGCGACGGGUCGAGCCCGGCGAGAAUGACGGGGAGGUGCUGCUCGCGAGGCUGGGGGACGCUGCUGCUGCUGCUGCUGCUGGGACGGACGCGGUGCUGGAUGUCCUGCGCGGCGUCGAGGGGCCGUUCGCGUUUGUGUACUAUGACGCGCCGGCCGGGAGGGUGUACUUUGGGCGGGAUCGGCUGGGGAGGAGGUCCCUCCUGCUGGCGCCUGUGGGAGACGGCCCGGGGUUGGCCCUGUGCAGUGUUGCUGGGGAAAAAGGGCAAGAGUGGAGAGAGGUCGAGGCGGAUGGGAUCUACAGGGUGGAACUGGGCGAGGCGACGCCGCACCCGCAACGAGUUGAUUGGGUUGUCGGGGACGACGCGAGUGAUUUCGUUUCCGGCAUUGGCCGGUUCAACAGAGCGCUGCCGUCUCGUAGCUGCCCGUUGACUUCGCUUUCACCUUCAGUGGCGCGGCUCAAGGAGCAGCUACUCGAGUCACUGAAGCUCAGGGUCAUGAAUAUCCCGUCGCCCCCUGGCGCGGACAUUGACGGCACCGCUCGCCUCGCGGUUCUGUUUUCUGGUGGAUUGGACUGCACGGUGCUAGCCAGGCUAGCCCACGAAGUACUCGAUGCAGACCAGGGGAUAGACCUCCUCAACGUCGCGUUUGAGAACCCACGGGUCGUGUCUCAACUCCGAAAGGAGCACGGCAAUCUGCUCGACUGUUACGAGGCUUGCCCGGACAGGAUCACAGGCAGGAGAUCCUUUGCAGAGUUGCAAAGGCUCUGUCCCGGGCGAGCCUUCCGAUUUGUGGCUGCUCACCGUCAGCAAGUUAUCUCCUUGAUUCACCCGCACAACACCGAGAUGGACCUCUCCAUUGGAUACGCUCUCUAUUUCGCCGCCCGCGGCCAGGGGCUCUGCACUGAGGCCUCCGGCAGGGACUCCCCGCCGGUGUCUUACACAUCCCCUGCAAGAGUCCUCCUCUCCGGCCUAGGUGCCGACGAGCUUUUCGGCGGGUAUUCACGUCAUCCUUCUGCGUUCCAGCAGCGUGGCUACGCCGGACUAAUCGAUGAGCUCCUGCUCGACGUUGGUCGGCUGGGCAAGCGGAACCUCGGCCGUGACGAUCGAGUGAUGGCGCAUUGGGGUAAGGAGGUGAGGUUCCCUUUUCUCGACGAGCGCUUGGUGAGGUGGGCCAUUGAGACGCCUGCCUGGGAGAAGUGCGACUUCGAUAAUGGUGAGGAGGCCGCCGGGCUUGAGCCCGGCAAAAGGGUACUGCGGCUUCUUGCUCUGGACCUUGGGAUGCAGACGGUCGCGAAGGAGAAGAAGCGCGCUAUCCAAUUCGGCUCCAGGACAGCCAAGAUGGAAACUGGGCGUGUCAAAGGCACCACACUCAUAUCAUAGCAAGUCGCGACGUCCGGACACCCGGCGGUGAUGAUACAAUACAGAUACUUCUGAGUCACGGUCGCGAUAGCGAACGAAGCGGCUGGUCUGCGUACUGUGGUUUCUAUUCGAAGCCCUUGCGCCCAGCUGCGCGCUCGCGUCGUCUCAAAUGACUAUGAAGUUAAAAGGCAAAUCUGAGCCGGUGUGCCGCGGUCGCGAUGGUGGGUAUGACUGAGGAGAGGGAUCAAGUCAUCGUCGCGCCGCUGGAAGAGGCAAAUAAAUACUUUGAGCGUUUUCGCGCGUCG